CGCAGUGUGCAACGCGUCCGGGCCUGCAGUAGUGGAGCUAUCAGCUCGUCAUGGCGCGGAUCGGUAUGUUUUCUCUCUUGCUUCUGCCGGUCUUGAUUCAGUCCGUCGUGUCAAUCUCAUUCUACCUGCCGGUGCGCAGCAGAAAGUGUCUCCGGGAGGAGAUCCAUAAAGACGUGCUCGUUACCGGAGAAUACGAGAUCAGCGAGCAGCCCAACACGAAAACCAACCUGAAGAUCACAGACUCCUCUGGACACAUCCUCUACUCGAAAGAAGAUGCAACCAAAGGGAAGUUUGCCUUCACCACAGAGGACUAUGAUAUGUUUGAGGUGUGCUUUGAGAGCACAUCACCCAUGGGAACUGGAAGAGUUCCGGACCAGCAGAUCAACUUAGACAUGAAGCACGGUGUUGAGGCCAAAAAUUAUGAAGAGAUUGCCAAGGUAGAGAAACUGAAGCCCCUGGAGGUGGAGCUCCGUCGGCUUGAGGACCUUUCCGAGUCUAUCGUCAAUGAUUUUGCCUACAUGAAGAAGAGAGAGGAGGAGAUGAGAGAUACUAAUGAGUCCACCAACACACGUGUGCUGUACUUCAGCAUCUUUUCCAUGUGCUGUCUCAUUGGUCUGGCCACGUGGCAGGUGUUCUACCUGCGGCGUUUCUUCAAGGCCAAGAAGCUUAUUGAAUAAAAUCUGCUUGAACAAUCAGGGACCCAGAACUACUUCCUGACACCCGAACCUCCGGCCCCUGACAUUUGUUUUGCCUCGGCAAUUUAUUCCGGUCGCCCGGGCGACCUGAAGUUUAUCGGGAGUGAACGUGCAUCAGGGAAUUCUCUGGGAAGUCAUUGAUGCUUGACGGCCAAAUUGUCUUUCAGUGCGUGUACAUUUUUGAUACAAGCUCGCUCGGUAUCAUUUGGACAAACCACCCAGUUUUUCUGUUUUCCUUUUUUUGGGGGGGGGGGGAUUCUUUUAUUUAUACUAAAUAAUAGCACAAGCCCCUAAAACUGAUAAUAGAUACGCUACUGUUCUGUGAGAGAAACUAAGAACUGCUUUUUUGCUCUUCUGUCAGUCAUGAAUGUGUAUGCUAAUAUUCACUCUUGAUUCAUUGCUUUAAUUGUACUGGUUUAAUAUAUUCCGGCUCUAAGUUUCUGCUAUUAUUUGGAAGGAUAGAUUGAUUGUCACAAAGUUCUAAUGAACAGAUUGUUGACUGAUGUAUUUAACUGUCUAUUCUGUGUUUGGAAAUGCAAAGCCAUUUUAAAAUUCGAAAGUCCCACUAACUGCAAAUGAAGCGAGUGAAUGCACACCAACAAUUUUACAUCAGAGCUUAAAGCUGUCACGAAUCAGUCUAACGUUGAGAAAUGUAUUUAGUCAUUUACUUUAUAUUUUUUUAGCAGUUUUAUUUUGUGGGACAGAAUCUUUUUAGUGUGUUUGCUUUUGGGAAAGUUUGAGUUGAUCGGUAAUUAAUUUUUUUUAUGUUGUUGUUGUCGAUUUGUUAGUUUUUGGUUUCUCUGCAGAUCUAAUUAAUUGUCCAAUCUAGAAGAAAUUCUGCUGUGGUCUUACAGUUAAAGGUGGUGCAAAAGGCCAUAGCUGGUCCAUCAGUUCUGGCAACAACUAAAAAAGUUGAACUAUAUUUUCACUUAGUAUUUGCUUUUCUUUUAAAAUAUUUUUAUGGAAUAGUGGUUACGCACAUGCCAUGGGAGGAAGAUUUUGAUUGGAUUUAUUAUUAUUUGCUGCCUGUUGAUUAAUUUUUUCCAGUGUUAAAUCAUUUUCAACAGCAAUGUUUUUUUUUUUUCUUCUGAUUAAUUUUGGUGGGACUGGAUUUCAUAAUUACAAUUGGCUUGUCAUUCAAUAAAAAUUGUUAGUAAAGUAU